AUGGUGAAGCUGAGCAAAGAGGUCAAGCAGAGGCUGCAACAGCUCUUCAAGGGUGGCCAGUUUGCCAUCCGCUGGGACUUUAUUCCUCUUAUGAUUUACCUGGGAUUUACAAGGGGUGCGGAUCCUGUAAUGCCUGAACCAACAGUUUUGAGUCUACUUUGGGGAUAAAGGACUGUUUGGUCAUCUGGAUUUGGAAGCAAUCCAAC